CAUACUUCCUGUUUUGAAGGAAAGAGAGAAAAUGAAAAUACGUCUUGUGUAGGCUGCUCCGAUUCAGACUAGUGCUUGCAUGUCGAUCCGGAUACUUAUAAAGAGCCCAAAGGAGAUCGAGCAGCUGACUUCUUGAUCUGCAUUAAGUUCAGCUUGUUAGGCCUAUCUGACAUACAGCGGCGUCACAUGGAGCCUACUGGAGUGACUGGGUGCAGUCCGAACGGGCACGAUGCGCUGGGGGAUCCGUCCGAACAGUUUGACUGUCCCAUAUGCCAGGACGUUUUGAAAACCCCUAUAAGGACCAAGGCUUGUCAACAUGUGUUCUGUAAGAGCUGCUUCGUUGCCGCAGUGAGAGCCCGGGGGCCGACCUGCCCCAUGUGCCGGGGGCCGGUAAGCGAGGAUGAGAAACGAGCGAGCGACGUCCAGCGGAAGAUGAAGGAGACACGGGGAAACUGCCGAGCCUGCGGGGCGCCGGACUUUCUGAGUAAGAUGAGAACACACUACAAGUAUUGCCAGAAGUAUAAGGACGAAUAUGGUCUCCUUGUCCAGCCUUGCAUUAUCACAAGGAACCAAGCACAAGUCCCUCCCACUUACAGGGCUCCAGCUGAAGUUGCUACAGGCCGAACCCCGUCCAUCGGAGGGAGUCCACAAGCGGAGUACUCCUGCCCAUACUGCCCCCUGCAGGGCUUCCAAGAUAUGGCCCUGGUUCGGCACUGCCUGAGUACACACUCUCUUGAGCACUCCCUUGUGGUGUGUCCAAUCUGUGCCUGCACGUCCUGGGGAGACAGGAGCUACUGCAGCCGCAACUUCAUCGGCCAUCUGAGGGCACGGCACAGGUUCAGCUACGAUAUUUACAUGAAUGUCCAUGAAGACGAGGAUGUCCAGGUUCGCCUUGCCACCCAGCAGUCUUUGCUUCAAGGAAUACCAGUUCCUCCAAUUCUCUCUAAUCGUGCAACCGUGACCUCUGUAGGGGAGAUGCCUGCGGUGACGUCAGACCCGCUGCGCACAGUGCUACCAUUAUGUAAUCGUUGCCUGCAGAAAGUACAGAAGUACAGGCACAACGGUGACCUCUACAGGGGAGAUGCCUGCGGUGAUGUCAGACCUGCUACGUAUCGCGCUACCGCAAGGGCUGCCAUGGUUCAGGACAUAAAGGCACCGCAAUUGGGUCAAAGACGCCUCUCACGGCUACAGUUAGACGGCAGUCAGGGCACGGCGGCCCAGGGACACUGGGUUGUUGGGCCUGAUGAUGGAAGCCGACCCACAUCGAUCCCACCCAACACACCCAACCCUGCUCCUUCUGGGUCAGCUGCUGGACAGGCCUCCCCCCAGGUGCAAGCCAACCUACAGAACCAGGCUCAGGCACCAGCUACAGAUGACAAUGAUCCCCGAACAUCUUUGGAGAGGGUGUUCAGCUGUCCAUACUGUCAGGAUGGUGGUCUCGACGAACUGGACUUACUGGACCACUGUAACAUAAACCACAGGCAUGAAACAAGACCUGUGGUGUGUCCCAUAUGUGUGGCUCUACCACACGGAGAUCCCUCUUACUACAGCAGAGAUUUGAUUGGCCAUCUCAACUUAAGACACUGCUUCUACAUCGCCGACUACACAAAUGUCGAUCAAACGGACGAAAUGAACUGUCAGGCCGGACUCCUGGAAUCAUACAAGCAGUGGAGGGAAAGUCAGCAGUGAACAUCCACGGGCAAGACUUUAUGAAACACCCUGGAGUCUUCAUUCUUAACAAAGGGUUCCAUGGAAUGAAAACAGAAUAGAAACAACAGAGAAGUUCAUUGCCCACUUGAUAUAUAUACACAUCAUUGUAACACACAAUAUUACAGCAGGUUUUAAGAAGCUCAAACAUUAAUGACUUAAUUAUUAAUGACUUUAUUAAUAAUUA